AUGGAGUCAGGGCCCAGACGAACAACAGUGGUGGCACGAGGAGCAGCCAUGGAGCAGCAGCAGCAUAACAGACCAACAUGGAGCAGGCAGAUAGAGUUCACUCUGGCCGGCAUCGGCUGUGCAGUGGGCCUGGGCAACGUUUGGAGGUUCCCUUAUCUGUGCUUCAGGAGUGGAGGAGGUGCCUUCCUGGUGCCGUACCUGUUGAUGCUGAUGGUGUUGGGGAUCCCUCUGCUCUACAUGGAGCUGAUCGUUGGUCAGUACACCCGCAGAGGGCCUGUCCACGCCCUGGCUAUGGUCUGCCCACUCUUAAAAGGAGUGGGCUUAGCAUCAGUGGCCAUCUCCUUCAUAAUGUGCACCUACUACAACAUCGUCAUCACCUGGGCCCUGUACUACCUCUUCAGCUCCUUCCAGGCACCGCUGCCCUGGCAGAACUGCAACAACACCUGGAACACUCCAAACUGUACCAACCACGCCACCAACAGCAGCUACUCCUCCACAGCCAGCCAGGAGUUCUUCAGGUAUAAGAUGUUGGAGCAGACCAGCGGAGUAGAGGAGACAGGAGGGAUGCGUUGGGAGCUGUUCCUCAUUCUGAUUCUUGCUUGGAUCCUCAUUUACCUCUGCAUCUUUAAAGGGGUGAAAUCAACAGGCAAGGUGGUUUACUUUACAGCUCUGUUCCCGUACGUUAUCCUGAUUGCACUGCUGAUCAAUAACGUGCAACUUCCUGGAGCUGUGGAUGGAAUAACAUUCUUCAUUGUACCUGCAUGGGAGAAGCUGCUCUCUGUGGAGGUGUGGGUGAAUGCUGCAGCUCAGAUCUUUAACUCCAUUGGGAUUGGUUUUGGCUCCCUCCUGGCUAUGUCAAGCUACAACUCCUUCAACAAUAAUGUUCUAAAGGACACCCUUACUAUAGCCAUCAUCAACUCCGUCACCAGUAUCCUAGCAGGUUUUGUCAUCUUCUCUGCAUUUGGGUACAUGUCUCAUCUGCAGGGUAUUCCUAUCAUGGAUCUAGCUGUGGAUGGUCCAGGACUGGUUUAUGUUGUUUACCCACAAGCCUUUGCCAACAUGCCGGUGGCUCAGCUCUGGGCUGUGAUGUUCUUCUUCAUGCUGCUGUGCCUGGGACUGGACAGUGAGUUUGCAAUGGUUGAAGUGUUGGUGACCAGUCUCAUGGAUGAGUUCUAUCAAAGUGUGAUUCAAUUUUUCAAGAGGAAGGAGCUGUUUGUUUUGGCUGUUUGUGGCGCAGCUUGUCUCCUGGGAAUUCCUUGUGUCAUGCAGGUGGGGAUCUAUGUUUUCCAGCUGAUGGACCAUUACACUGCCAUAGUGUCCAUUUUGUUUCUUGCAUUCUUUGAAGUUCUUGCUAUCUGCUGGGUUUAUGGAGUGAACCGUCUUUCCAAUAAUCUGAGAGAGAUGAAUGGACACAGAGCGAACAUCUACUUCAUGGUAUGCUGGCUGAUCGUUGCUCCACUGCUCAUCACUGUUAUCCUGAUUUUCUCAGUCAUCCAGUUCAAACCAGCUCGCUAUGAGGACUACGUCUUCCCCCCCUGGGCUCAAGGGGUUGGCUGGGUCAUCGCCCUGGCCUCCAUCAUCUGGAUUCCUUUGGGUGCUAUCCACACAUUAUGGGUGUUACCUGGGUCAUUAAUGCAGAAACUAAAGCUGUCCAUCACACCUUAUGCGCUGAAUGAAAAGCAAAAGAUGCCAUACUAUGAGAGGGGAGGAACUUAUGGAAACCCAUCCAUAGCCAUCAUCAGCUCCAGCCUCAGUAUUCCUGUGAAACCUCCAGCUGAGACAAAUUUCUGAUACCUCAUACUGCUCACCAAGAGUGGCAGAAUUUCAGUUAGCUCAAGUUAAUCACCAAUUAUUACUCACAAGCAGCCUCAAAUCUUAAAGCUUCUGGUGAAGAAGUCGAACAGAAGUUAAAUACAUAAAUCAUUCACAUGAUUGUGAAAAUGCAUUGCUGCAUAUCUGCCAUGCAGAUAUUUUAAAUUGGCCAUUUUUGUGAGCCAGUAAAUUUGAUUUCUGGGAUUUUGUGGAGCCUCCGCUAACAGUUUUGCUCAUUUUAUAAAAGUUAUAACAUGUUUAGAAAAGACAUUAAGACUCUGUUGUUGUUGUGUACAUUGUUGAAUAUUUGACUAACAUUUGUAACACACUUCUGGUGCUCAGGAUCUUUCAAACACAUUUCCCUGCACAUGUCAGUGGCUUUUACUUUGAAAAUGGUGCCAUCUUUUGGUCAUAUUCUUUUAAUGCAAUCAUAAACCUAAUCUAAUCUGAGCAGGAACUGUGUUAUCAUAAGGCUAAAUAAUAUAACUAAGUAAAGCCACGUGAAAUAUGUGGGAGCCUGUAGGUUUAAUCACUUAUUUAAAAAAGAAAAAAAUCAUUAACCACUGAGAACCAACUCAUAGUAGCUGACUCAUUUAUUAGGUCAAAUACAACAGGGCACUGGUGAUAAAACUGAUAUAUGAGGGUUGUUAAAAAGGAGUACCUGACUAUUUCAACCCUAAAUCUUGUCAUGUAAGGUGUAAUAAAAUACUUGUCCCAAAGUCCACAGCUUGGGUCUGAUCUCUGCAUCAGUGAGUUGGCUGUGAACAGUCUCCCUUGUGAACAUAAAACAAAUCACAACUUC